CCACAGCACAUCGAGGCUAUGGAUGCCCGCCCAGAAGAAGAUCGAAACGAGAGCGAGCUCGUUCAACAAGUCAAGCCGCUCUUGCAGCAAGCCGAACAAAUCAUGAACGAAACCCAAGGGAUGAUCAAAGGCGCCGACCCAGAGAACAAGAUUUCGCAACGAGCGCAGAACCAUCAGAAGGCUCAUAAGGCGACACCAGAGGAGCAGAGACUCGCAGAGGCAUUGAAGGUGAUGAUUGAAGAAGUGGGAGGAACUAUCGAAUGGGCCCGAAACAAGCUGGAUGCCUUCCCAAAGGCAAAGAAGGAUCUUGGUCCGCUACUCGAUGCGCUUGGACAACCACUCACUCAAAUCGUAGCCGGUGUUGGGAUGCUACUUGCUGGGGUUCUCAAC